UGAAGCCCUUAAAUACUACGCUCCCUCUCUGCAUCUACUUGCGUCUAUCUCACGAAUUUCGUCGGUGAUCGACGGCUCCCCAUUUCAAACGAUCUCCGUCACUCUCCUACAAUCGCCGACCGAUCAUAUCAAGAUGGGGUUGUCUUUUACCAAGCUUUUUAGCCGCUUGUUUGCUAAGAAAGAGAUGCGCAUUUUGAUGGUUGGUCUCGAUGCAGCUGGUAAAACAACAAUUUUGUACAAGCUCAAGUUGGGAGAGAUUGUAACCACAAUUCCCACUAUUGGCUUUAAUGUGGAGACUGUUGAGUACAAGAACAUCAGCUUUACUGUUUGGGAUGUUGGUGGUCAGGACAAGAUCCGACCUUUGUGGAGGCACUACUUCCAGAACACACAAGGGCUUAUCUUUGUGGUCGAUAGCAAUGACCGUGACCGUGUGGUGGAGGCUAGAGACGAGCUGCACAGGAUGCUUAAUGAGGAUGAACUAAGAGAUGCAGUGUUGCUUGUGUUUGCCAACAAACAAGAUCUUCCAAAUGCUAUGAAUGCCGCUGAGAUCACUGACAAGCUUGGUCUGCAUUCUCUCCGACAACGACACUGGUACAUCCAGAGCACAUGUGCCACCUCUGGAGAAGGUCUAUAUGAGGGACUGGAUUGGCUUUCCAACAAUAUCGCUAACAAGGCAUAAACAGGGCUGGGCGGUGUGGUGAACUUCGUUCCUUCCUUCCUGUUAGUUAGUUAAUGUGGUUUGAGUUGAGGUUUCUUUAUAUCUUAGUGUUACAAACCAAAAGACGUUUUAAUCCCUCCGACCGACCUCUGUUCUUGAAUGAAUCCAUAAUGAUGGAUGGUCGUUCUUUGUAAUCUAAAUUCUGCAGGCUUGAUUCUAUUGUAUCCUUGAAAGUCACUUGUGCAGCUUUUCCAGCACACUAUGAAACAAAUGAGAAAAACUAUAUGUUCAAAGA